AUUUUGCAAAUGGCCGCUUGCCUCUUGUAAUCUUGGGCGACGUGGUGAUAAUUUUCUGUUUUUCACGGUGAUCAAGUGUGUGUUUCAGGGAAAAUUAAGUGAAAAACAAUAGCGCAAAGUGUGUACUAUCUGCUGUAGUGAAGAACCGACCAGUUGCUGGUGCAAUUUUGGUGAAAAAUGGCAAAACUUGUGUAUGUGUAUCGCUCGGAGGAGGAGAGUGUCAAAAAUAUUGGGCGACGACAGCUCCCGCUUGUCGUUGGGGACAAUUUAAUGAUGCUGAUGGAUUUGAACACGAAGGGUCUCGUGUUCGACCAUCCGACUGUGCGCGGCCGGGACUUGGAGGAGUUUCUGCGCAAGUACGCGAUUCUCACGCAGGAUGAGUUCAAGCGAUCGCUGCAGGUGUCGUGCGAGGAGUUCACGUCGGUGCUGAGCCAGAGCGUGCCGUGCGUGGGCUGUCGCCGGAACGUGGAGCGGCUGUUCAUGCAGAUGCGACAGUGCGAAUUCCCCACGCUGGACCCACUGGUCAUCACAAGCAGCGGAGUGCUGACGGUGGCGGAGGAGAAGGUGGCCACGCCAGUGGCGAUCUGCACGCUCCUGCACAAUCACAGCACGCUACUCAACAAUCUCCUGGACAACAUGCCGCGCAGCAAGAAAAGCUCGCGCUGUGGACUGCACUCUCUCGAUACAUUCAGAUCGCGCCCGUUCUCGGAGCUGUGGCAAGAUGUGUGGAGCUGCAUGAAGAAGCGGUGUCGCGAGGAGGUGGUCAUAAUUGAUUCGCAAGAAUUGCAGGACACCCUGGACGGGUAUCUGAAGAAGCACAAAUUCUGCCAAGAUUGCCGAACGAAGGUGGAGAAAGCGUAUGCGUUCCUGAUUGGGGAGAACAGCCCGCCGAAAGAGAAGGGCUUCGUGGCGGCUCUGUACGCGGGAAUAAAGCGAUGUCCGGACGAAAAGCAUAUCCAUUUGCAGACGAAGGCGGAUUAUAUCGAUGGGCUGAUCAAGCGGGCUGAGCCGGAACUCAAUGGCAACGGAUCGAGGCACCGCGAGCGCCACGCGAAGACAAUGGAGAUCGCCCAGGAGGAAGUAUUAACGUGCAUUGGGAUGUGCAUAUAUGAGAGACUGCGUCGGAUUCAUAUGGUGCUGAAGGAGGAGGAGAAUGCGUGCCAGGUGUUGGCGGCGGUGUCCGUGCACUGUCUCUGUCGCAGCUUCGACAUGGCGGUGGAGAAGAAGCGUGGCAAGAGUAAUCUCGAGUUGCUGUACGAGGAGAUCAGUCGGGCGGAGAGGGCGAAGGAGCAGCGCCGCGAGCAGAAGAAGCUGAAGAAGAAGAGGAAGAAGAGCGAGAAGAAGGGCAUGGCGUCGUGUCGCUCGUGCAAUGGCGGUGGAUCGGAGGAGGAGGAAGAGGAGGAGGAUGAAUCCCAUGUGGCGGUGGUGGCGAAUGACAGGCAGGAGGAGGAUGAGUCUGAGGAGGAUGCCGAGGAGGAGGAGCUGAUGCGAAGGGACGCAUGCGAGCAGAAGAAGAAGAGCAAGAAGAGUGCCAAGGAGACGGUGGGACAGCAGCGGGAGAAAAAGACAAGUGCGGUGAACAACAACAACAAUUCCAAGGAUAGAGGAGGUGGCGACAGAGGCUGUCUCAUGGGGAAGGCGGUGGAGGAUAUCAAGGAUGAGAUUUCCGUGACUUCUUGUCAUUCCUGUGAGAACAACGCGUGCACUCAGUCCAUCGAUGGUGGCUAUGUGUCGGAGCCAUCCAAUCAUGAGUCCAUUCUCUCAUCCACUGCCCACUCUGGUGUCUCUAGUCUGUCCAGCACGCCGGAGGGAUCUGAGGUGGCGUGUUCCGAAGGCUUCUGCAAUCACGAUCCGAGUAGAGCGGACGACGGACGCUGUCACCGCGGUGGAUCACCCGAGCACAACUACAAGAACAAGAAUGGGAGCUGUGGAAGACAGUCUGCCAACGUGUGCGGUCAACUCCUCAGUCUGCAGGAGAUGCUGGGAAAUCAGUCGGAGGCUGAAGAGGACGUCGGGGAGGACGUGAACUAUAUCCCAGAUGAGGUGGUGCAGGAGUUUAAGCUGCGACAUGCCAACUUGAAGCAGGCUCGCGAGGAGAUUCGACAGAACUUGCGCAGGAACUUCGCUCAGCUGUGCAUGAAGACGUCGACGGCCAAGUAAGCGAUGCUGAGGAGGAGCGAAAGGAAU